AAUGGUACAGCCCGUGCAGACGGGGCGGGGCUCCGUCACGAAGGCUCUGGGUUUGUUUUUGUUGACAAGCCUGCGGCCUCCGUGUUCGUGAGCAGCCGUGGAUUCUGUCCCGCGCGGGUCCACUUUGGGUGUCUGAGAGCUUCGAGCGGAACGAGCCAAGAUGAAAUGGACGUUCAAAGAGGACCACUCCGUAGAACAUCGAUGCAUCGAGUCUGCCAAAAUCCGCAGCAAGUAUCCGGACAGGGUCCCGGUGAUCGUGGAGAAGGUCUCAGGAUCUCAGAUAGUGGACAUUGAUAAGAGGAAGUACCUCGUUCCUUCUGAUAUCACGGUGGCUCAGUUCAUGUGGAUCAUCAGGAAACGCAUCCAGCUGCCCUCGGAGAAGGCCAUCUUUCUGUUCGUGGACAAGACAGUACCCCAGUCCAGCAUCACGAUGGGGCAGCUGUACGACAAAGAGAAGGAUGAGGACGGGUUUCUAUACGUGGCGUACAGCGGGGAGAACACUUUUGGUCUGUAGAAACCAGGACAGCCAGAUGAAGACCAUGCAGCAUAGCCACAGCCCUCACCUGGCCCCUGGGAAGAGCAGGGGAAACCCCGCAGCGACUCUGGAGUGCCUGAUGAUGCUCCACCACAGAAUUAUGGCUCAGAUUUGGGGUUAGCAUUUUAACUGUUGUUGUGAUUUGAGUGUUUAGGGCAAAAUGAUACUUAUUUUUCUUUUUAUGAGUGUUUGUGUGAAUAAGUUUGGCUUUUAGUUGUUCUGUUUUUAAAGAUAUUAUUGAAAAAGAUUUAUAUGUAAUUACUUAAAGGUAAGGUAGCUGGAUGACCUGACCAAUAAAAAGAAAAAGUCAGUUUGUCUGA